GUUUUGCACAAGCAAGCAACGGCAACAGCAAACAACAACAACACACACCACGACCCACCUCACGUCCAUCACCAUGUUUGAGGAGGCGCUGAAACGGGCUGGCGUGGACGAGAAGGAUGAAGGGACGCUGACACGCGCGCAGCAGUUGUGGUCGUUCCUGGACACCAUGGCUGCCACCGACCCAAAAGCGUAUCGUGAGUUCAUCCGCAAGCAGAUGGACGAGAAGAAGAAGAUGGAAGAGGAGAUGCACCCACCAGCCGCCUUUACCCUCCGCGCAAAGAAUAUGAAGAACAACGACACGUGCCUGGUGUCGUUUUGUGGUUCGGACAAGGUGCCAUAUCCCCAGACGCCGACAUCACCGGUGCCUGUCGUCACGCGAAAGCCGGUGCAGACAACCCAUCAAGGCGAACCCACACAGCUGCUCGAGGUGAUCUUCAACCCUCGGGUGCUUUCGGAGUGCGAGGAGGAUGCAGAGGCGCACCGCAUGCUGGUCGACCUUGCCCUGCGCUGCAUCAACAGCAAGCACGGCGACACGUUCCAGCUGGACCAGGCGAAAACAGCCCGUCUCAAGCAGCCAUUCACAUACAAGGAACCCACGUUCCCGCCAUCCUUUCAGCAUCAUCAACAACAACAACAACAGCAGCAGCAGCAGCAGCAACAGCGAGGGCCUUUGGAGCCGCAGGAUUUGCUGCGAGAGUUGGCGCGACAACGCGCACAGAACGACACCACCGAUGAUGACGACGGCAGCGGCGAUGGUGAUGUCGCGAGCAGCGAUGGUUUGUUGAGUGCAGUGAAAAAGAGCAGCGGGCGCAGUGCAAGCGGCGUUGAAACCUCGAGCAUCCUGCUGCCGGGUGGCCUUCGCGCGAGCGAGGUCAUUGGGGGCGGCACCAACAGCGCACCAGCAGCGCCAGCACCAUCGUCGACAUCGACAGCAGCGACGACAGGGUUGAGAGAGACAACAGCGGGCGUGAGGGCAGGAGAGACUCGAGGUGUAUCACAGCAGCAACAGCAGCAGCAGCAGCAGCAGCAGCAGCAGCACGGGGUAGACAGCGAUAGCAGCAGAAGUGACAAGAGCCACCAGCGGACUCGCACUGGCGGUCACGAUGAUAAUGAUGAUGAGGAUGGCGACAAUGAUGGUGAUGGUGCGAGGCGCGCGUUGUCGUCACAGCAGCGGCCGCUCGUGCAGACGAUUGCGUCCACAUCCGGUGCCACCAUCCCCACAUACCGGUUUGCACCGUCGCCGCCACCCAACUCCACCGUGCUGGAGGUGGUGCUGCCUGGCGUGGCGACAGCAGCAGAUAUCGACCUGGACAUUGACGAUGACAGCGUGGAGUUGAGUGUGCCCGACCGUCACCAGCUGCAGGUAUCGCUGCCAGCACCAGUUGACCCCGACGCAGCGCGCGCCAAGUUUGUCAAGGCCACCGCCACCCUCGUCCUCACCCUCCCGCACCAGUGA